CGGUGCCGGUGCCUGUUCCGAUGCCGCAGAUGCAACCGAUGAUGUCGUAUCAAAUUCCGGGGAGUAAUCCUGCAAUGCGUCCUUAUGCUCCGAUCCCAAACGGUUACGCCAUGCAUCCUCAAGGAACUCUAAACCCUGCGGUGUCUUAUUGAAUUCGAUGCCAAAAGGUUGGAGGGCUUCAUAUUGGUUAAAGACACACCCCACCCUUCUACAACUCAUUUUUUGGUAUGCAUAUAUUUGCCUAGUUUAUUGAUUGUCUUUUACUAAAAUUAUGAUUUGGAAACAAAGCUUACACAGAGUGAUCUUGAUAAUCGAAAGUUAAUUCAAAUAAAUAAAGACAGAUUGUUCUAUUGUCGAUCUACAUAAUGUAUGGUUGUGUCAUGCUCAUUUUAGUAGGCCACUUUCUGCUAGUUAUAAGGGUACUACUUUCCCUUGAAUGGCUUUAUGAAUUCAAGAAGCCGACCAUGUUUGCAACUGAAUGCACGUUGGCCUUUUGGUCAUGAGGUAUUGCAAUCUUUUCAAUUCUCUUUUUUCUCAAUUGCAGUUUAAUUCCAUUUUUUAUGCUGCAACAUGGGCUCCUAUAUAUAAAACAGAACAUUUAAUUCAACUAGAAUUUCCUUCUUAGUAAACUAUGUAAUGUAUACAUGAGAUUUUGAAAGUUUACCCUUUUCCAUUGGUGGAUGGUUUGAGAAGCCUGCUAUAUUACAAGUUGUCAGACAAAGGUAAGCACUUUCUGGACAUCCGUGAAUUUCAAACUCGAUAGUAUUUUUUUAUUGUUUUCUUCAGGUUGUCAUUUCAGCUGGUGAUUAUUAGCUGUGCUGCCAUCUCUAUUAUGCUUUUGAUGUGUGGUAACAGCAUUCCAUUGUUCAUCACACUUUUUCUGUAUACAUCUUUAGUGUCGUAUAUAUAUAUUUUGCUUACUGUGUAUACUCAUGAUCUGCUCUAAUAUAUUUGCAUAGAUGUUUUCUGCCAUGUACAGGAAUUCCUCGUUAUGCACCUCCUUAUGGAACUAUGGUUCGUCCUGUAUAUCCUCCACGCCUGCCUGGAGCAAUCAAUGUACUUCCAGUAUCACGCCCGCCUGUUGCAGGGAUCCCACCACUUCGCCCUAUUAUUCCUCCUGUUGUCAGACCUGUGGUUCCUCCUAGUGUUACUCCGGCUGAGAAGCAACAUACCACUGUUUACAUUGGCAAGAUUUCACCAACUGUGGAAAAUGAGUUCAUGCUUUCUCUCCUUAAAUUAUGCGGGAAUAUCAAGAGCUGGAAAAGGCCUCAGGAUUUAUCAAGUGGGACUCCUAAAAGUUUUGGGUUUUAUGAGUUUGAGACUGCCGAAGGUGUUCUCCGUGCUUUACGUCUCCUUACCAAAUUGAAUAUUGAUGGACAAGAACUAAUGAUCAAUGUAGAUGAAGCGAUGAGAAACUAUCUGGAGCAGUAUGUACAAAAAAAAACUGAGGACUCAAAAGAAAAGGAAACUCGGGCAACAGAAAUUGAAAAGGAUGAUAAAGUUGCAAAACCUUCUGAUGUAAAUGAGGAUGCAAAGCCUGAUGUGGAGAACUCAAAUAAGGAGGAGGGUAAUGAUUCGGGAAACAAGAAAUCCCAUGACGUGGCAACUUUUGGGAUUGUUACAGAUGAAGAUAGGGAAGUUGACCGGGAUGCUUUAGAUAAGAUCAAGAUGAUGAUUGAGGAGAGGUUGAAGACAAGACCUUUGCCUCCACCACCUCCACCGCCAAUUGGUGAUGGUUCUGUUGAUUCAACUUCCGAACAACCUACUAAAACAAGAGGAGACUCAGAUGUGGAUACAAAGAAGAUUGAACCAGCUGAAGAUAAAAAUGAAAGAGAGUCAAACAGUGAUAACAAACCAACUGGUGAACACGAUAGACCCGAAACCCCUGACAGAAGGCACGACAGGAAAAGCAGGGAGAGAGACCGAGAAAGGGAACUGAAACGAGAAAAGGAAAGAGAACUUGAAAGAUAUGAAAGAGAAGCUGAGCGGGAACGUAUUCGAAAAGAGAGGGAACAAAAACGGAGGAUUGAGGAGGUUGAGCGUCAGUUUGAAGCACAUUUGAAGGAAUGGGAGUAUAGAGAAAGAGAGAAAGAGAAAGAACGUCAGUAUGAAAAGGAGAAGGAGAAGGACAGGGAACGCAAAAGGAGAAAGGAAAUACUUUAUGAUGAAGAGGAGGAUGAUGGGGAUUCUAGGAAGAGAUGGCGUAGAAAUGCGAUGGAGGAGAAGAGAAAGAAGAGGCUGCGAGAAAAGGAAGAUGACCUGGCUGAUAGACAAAAAGAAGAGGAUGAAAUUGCUGAGGCCAAGAAGAGGACUGAGGAGGAUAAACAACUUAUGAGGCAGAGAGAUGCAUUGAAGCUGUUGACAGAGCAUAUUGUAAAUGGCAGUGAUGAAACUACGGCUACCAAAGAGAUUGCUAAUGAAAUAAAGAACGAGGUUGCUGAACAAGACACUGUAGCUGAUUAUAGUCAUGGUCAUAUUGGUGAUGGUAAUGUACUAUAUACUAUCAAAGAUGAAUCAGCCGUGGCAUCUGUAGCCACAACUGAUACACAGUCAAGUGGAAAUGCUCCUAUGAAGAAAUUGGGAUUUGGUCUGGUUGGCUCUGGAAAAAGAACAACUGUCCCUUCUGUUUUCCAUGAAGAUGAAGACGACGAAGCGCACAAGGAUAAAAAGUUGAGGCCUUUGGUUCCAAUUGAUUACUCAACAGAGGAAUUGCAGGCUGUUGAACCUACUGCUUCUGGGCCAACACCGCCCAAUUUGGCUGCAGCUGCAGAGUUUGCAAAGCGUAUAUCUAAUUCCAAUUUCAAGGAAGAGCGGCUGGAUGGAGAACGAGAUAGAAGUAGGCAUUCAGAUGAGAAGUCUAACCACCGGGACAGGGAUAGGAGUGAAGACGGCAAUCAUCACAGAGAUGAACACAGGGAUAAAAAUUCUGAACGUGACAGGGAUCGAGAUCAUGUGUCGGAGAAACACAAGACUCAUGAUAACAGACGACUUUUGGAUGCAAAAGCAAAACAGUUAAUUGAUAUGAUACCAAAGACCAAGGAGGAAUUGUUCUCAUAUGAAAUAGACUGGGCAGUGUAUGACAAGCAUCAAUUACAUGACAGACUGAGACCGUGGAUUUCAAAGAAAAUCAAAGAUUUUUUGGGGGAAGAAGAAAAUACAUUGAUAGACUAUAUUGUUUCAAGUACACAAGAACAUGUGAAAGCAUCUCAAAUGCUAGAGCGUCUUCAGAUCAUUUUAGAUGACGAGGCUGAAAUGUUCGUACUCAAGAUGUGGAGGAUGCUUAUCUUUGAAAUAAAGAAGGUAGAGACAGGGCUUGCUGUGAAGUCCAAAUCAUGAAUUGUUCAUUGUUGUAUGUUCCAUCCUUUUCCUUUUGUGCUGGAUAUUAUGUUUAUACUUUGUAUGUGGCUGCCUUAAAAUACAAGAUGGCUGCACAAUCAUAUAGGACCAUUUUCAGUCUGUAUUGCUUCGACAUUCAAGUAGUUAUAACUUUGAUAAAAACCCCGCCUUCUUUAUUAAUGGGAAUCCGGUGGUAAUUUUUGUCAUGUGAAUAUUCAGAACUUUGAUCUGUUGAUGACUUUCUGUUUUGUUUGGUUUUGAA